CCCAGAGAUUCUCGGCUUCUUAUUGGACUAUCAGCUUUCAAUCGGAGGGGUCUUUGAACUUCAGUUUUCAGGUGGCGCUGGCCAUUGGUGGACAGGAUGGGGGCGGGGCCUGAGGUUUUUGCCGGUACCGUCUCGGGCGCCCCCCUCCUUCAGAAUGACGCUGGACGUGGGACCAGAGGAUGAGCUGCCCGACUGGGCUGCGGCCAAGGAGUUUUACCAGAAGUACGACCCUAAGGACGUCAUUGGCAGAGGAGUGAGCUCUGUGGUCCGCCGUUGCGUGCAUCGAGCUACUGGCUGUGAGUUUGCGGUGAAGAUCAUGGAGGUGACAGCCGAGCGCCUGAGUCCCGAGCAGCUGGAGGAGGUGCGAGAAGCCACGCGGCGAGAGACGCACAUCCUUCGCCAGGUCGCCGGCCACCCCCACAUCAUCACUCUCAUCGAUUCCUACGAGUCUUCUAGCUUCAUGUUCCUGGUGUUUGACCUGAUGCGGAAGGGGGAGCUGUUUGACUAUCUCACAGAGAAGGUGGCCCUGUCAGAAAAGGAAACCAGGUCCAUCAUGCGGUCUCUGCUGGAGGCAGUGAGCUUUCUCCAUGCCAACAACAUUGUGCACCGAGACCUGAAGCCCGAGAAUAUUCUCCUAGAUGACAACAUGCAGAUCCGACUUUCAGAUUUUGGGUUCUCCUGCCACUUGGAACCUGGCGAGAAGCUGCGAGAGCUGUGCGGGACUCCAGGCUAUCUAGCACCGGAGAUCCUCAAGUGCUCCAUGGAUGAAACCCACCCAGGCUACGGCAGGGAGGUCGACCUCUGGGCCUGUGGGGUGAUCUUGUUCACGCUCCUGGCUGGCUCGCCACCAUUCUGGCACCGGCGCCAGAUCCUGAUGUUGCGCAUGAUCAUGGAGGGCCAGUACCAGUUUAGUUCACCCGAAUGGGACGACCGUUCCGACACCGUCAAAGACCUGAUCUCGAAGCUGCUGCAGGUGGAUCCGGAGGAGCGCCUGACAGCUGAGCAAGCCCUCCAGCACCCGUUCUUUGAGCGCUGCCAGGGCAGCCAGCCCUGGAACCUCACCCCCCGCCAGCGGUUCCGGGUGGCAGUGUGGACAGUGCUGGCCGCUGGGCGGGUGGCCUUGAGUGCCCACCGUGUCCGGCCACUGACCAAGAGUGCUCUGUUGAGGGACCCCUACGCGCUGCGACCGGUGCGGCGCCUCAUCGACAGCUGUGCCUUCCGGCUCUAUGGACACUGGGUGAAGAAGGGUGAGCAGCAGAACCGGGCAGCCCUCUUCCAGCACCGGCCCCCUGGGCCUUUCCCCAUGAUGGCCCCUGAAGAGGAGGGGGACUCAGUGACUAUCCCAGAGGACGAGGCCAUGCUGGUGCUGGGCUAGCACUUCAGCCCUGAGGAAUCCCGGGAAGCAGGACUCUCCAGGACGAGCUUUAUCAUUCCAGCCCCUCUGGGCUCUGGCCUCAGGCCCCCGUGCCCGGCCAGGCCCACCACUGAUCAUACUGUCAUAGGGACCAGCCCUGUACACCCACCCCCGCUGGCCAGGGCUUUGAGAACAGAGCUGAGGUGGAAGAGAGCCACCCAGUGCGCCACGCCUGGCCUUGACAGUGCUGCCUGUGCCACAUAUGCAAUAAAACUCGCUAUACGCCAGGGAGAGCCAG